GUAUUACGUUUCUAAGCUGACGUGGGACUGCUUAGCAUGCUGAUUGUCAACACUGUGAAAACCUAGGCUAACCAAUUCAACCUGCUUUCUACCAGUCUGUUGCAACUUAUGGGAACACGACAGUGUUCUAUCAACAUAAUAAUUAAGUAAACUCACUAGACACCACGAUGGCAGCUGAUUGGGAGGAAAUUAGGCGACUCGCUGCAGACUUUCAAAGAGCACAAUUUGCAGACACUGUGCAAAGAUUAUCAGAAAGGAAUUGCAUAGAAAUCGUUGCUAAACUUGUGGAAGAAAAGAAACUAGAUGUUGUUCAUACGCUGGACGGAAAAGAGUACAUUACACCAAGUCAGAUUACCAGAGAAAUCCGAGAUGAACUCUAUAUUCAUGGAGGUCGAGUUAACAUUGUGGACCUACAAAAAAUCAUUAAUGUGGAUUUGGUACAUGUUGAAAAGAGAGCCAAUGAAAUAGCAAAAUCAGAUAGAAACAUUCAGCUGGUUCUCGGGCAGCUAAUUGACGAGAACUACCUAAAUCGCCUUGCAGAGGAGGUUAAUGAUAAAUUACAAGAGGCUGGCCAGGUAACCAUCCCUGAACUCUGCAAAAACUAUGAUCUGCCUGGUGAUUUCCUUACAGAGGAGCUGUCUAUGCGCCUGGGCAAAAUCAUCCAGGGCCAAAUGGACCAAUACAACAGGGGGGUCAUUUUCACCGAGGCCUUUGUGCUGCGUCACAAAGCACGAAUCCGAGGGCUUUUCAGUGCAGUCACCCGGCCAACACCCGUUAAUACUCUCAUCGGUGUCCACGGGUUUCAGGAGCAUCUUCUUUAUUCUGUGCUCGAGGAGCUGGUGAACAGUGGCCGUGUGAAAGGCACAGUGGUGGGGGGCCGACAGGACAAAGCCGUCUACAUCCCUGACAUCUACUCCAAGACACAGAGCAACUGGGUGGACUCUUUCCUCAAGCAGAACGGAUAUCUUGAGUUUGAAGCCCUGACUCGACUGGGCAUCCCAGAUCCUAUUAACUACAUUAAGAAGCGCUUUAAGUCCAGCAAACUGCUCUUCCUGAAGUCAGCCUGUGUGGGUCAGGCUUUAGUUGACCAGCUGGAAGCGUCAGUGGAAGAGGCAGUGAGCUCAGCCACUUGGACAGAUUUACAGCCAAUCCUACCCAGCAGUUUGUCCAAUGACGAUGUUGGCAUCCUAAUAAGCCAAGUCAUGAGAACGACAAAUGUGCAGUCAUCUGCCCGGGUCCUGAGCGGCAGCGUGGUGGUCAGUGAGAAGUUCAUCAGCAACUGCGUGACUCUGUUUGACGAGGCCAUGCAGCACAAAGCACAGAAGGAAGUCAAGAGCAAUCCAGUAUUUUUGAUCACAGAAGAGGAUCUUAGGCAGCCAUCUGUGCUGGCUAAUAACACUGCCACCUCCAAAAAAGACAAGAGGGACGACCGUAAGAAGAAAGCUGCAGAGGGUGGUGGCAGUGUGAAGGGGGGUGGCGGGGGCAAUGCCCGGGAGAUCAGGAUCCGCAAGACCAAGAAAAAGGGGAUGAGAAAAGAUGACGACAGUGAUGAUGAGGCGGGAGCCACCACACAAAAUGCCAGUCGACAGGCGGAGAUUCCUUUCAUGUCUGUUGAUGAGAUUGUGGGCUUCCUGGAGGAGAAGGUGUGUGAUUGCUCCGAGGACAUGCUGCUGGAUCUGGCAGAACAUUUACUGAGGCCUUUGGCAAAGACAUACCAGGAAGUGGUGCGAACAACCUUUCUGUCCUCAAGCUCAUCAGGUUCAGGGGGCAACCGCAAGAAGAAUGUAAAGGACCUUCAGGAAGAGGUCACUAACUUGUACAACAACAUCAAGCUGUUUGAUAAGGGCACAAAGAUCUUCUCAGAUGACACCCAAGUAAACAUCGCCAAGCAUGUGCUGAAGACUGUGUGCUCCGAUGUCACCAACAUCCUUGUCAAUUUUGUGGCAUCGGAUGGCAUGAUCACUUCGGACGGCUCGGGUGCCAUUACUAAUGAGGUCCGAUCGAAGAUCUUGGGAAAGAUGCCCAAUGAGACCAAGGCUCCUCUAAUGAAGCUGCAUAACUCUCUGAAUGGAAAAAGUAUUGAGGACUUUAUUACCAAUUUAGAAGCCACUUCCGAGGAAUGUGGGUUCAUGCUGAAGAGAGGAGACAAGAAGAGGGAGAGGCAGGCCCUCUUUCAGCACCGGCAGGCCCUGCUGGAGCAGCUGAAGCUGACGGAGGAUCCUGCGCUGGUGCUGCACCUGACCAGCGUGCUGCUCUUCCAGGCCACCACCCACUGCAUGCUGCACGCGCCCGGACGCUGCGUGCCCCAGAUCAUAGGCACCUUGGUCGGCAAGAUCCCUGAGGAUCAGCACAAGCUGCUGUCACGGUACCAGGCACUGGUGGUGAGAGAGCUGGUGGGCCAGAGCCAGAGCCAGGGGAAGAAGCAGGAGCAAGAAGGAGGGGACGGCAGUGUGGACGACGCCGAGGCCAUCCACAAAGAGUUGCUCUCAUUGACCGCAGAAGUCAAAGACCUCGUCUUCUCACAGAAAAAAAACUCGGUCACAGAGGAAUAAAAACUAUAGAACCGACAACCGAAUGGAUAAAUAAUUUAAUAAAACAAAUUAGGUAAACCAAAUAUUUGACGCCCCUGCUUGGACAAGUGAAGGUCGAAAUUUGAUGGGAUCCCAAGUAGUUCCGGUAUCUGGCAGGAAACAUUGCUGCAUUUGAUUCCAGCCUUAACUCUGCAAACAGCCUGUGCUCCCAUUGUAAGAGACUUUAGCUGUGAAGAGAUGAUGUCCUCAUGCUACACACACUGAGGAAAGAAGAGCCAUCCAAGAGCAAAAGGUGGUUCUCUUUAGAAAAUACACAUAAUACAGUAGAAUGCUUGGCCAAAGCCAAGGACUUUCAACUAAUUUGGUUUAAUUUACAUUUGUCACUGUUUAACAUUGUGGGAAAUGUUUGUGGAAAAAAAAGCAACCUCAAAGAGGCGGUACUGUAAAUCCACCCUUGCACUGAAAAGUGCUUAUAUGUCUGUCAGUGAAUUGUACACCUCGCCUAAAAGGGAUAAUUCACCCACAAAUUAACAUUGUGUUACUCAACAUCCAUUUGUCAGGACCUUAUUUGUUUCUCGGCAACCCACAAAAAAUGAGCUAUCUAACAGAAUUAAUCUUGUCUUUAUAAAUGUGCACAGUACUGCUGCUUCUACUAUGCAACUCUUGUUUGUUUGUCACAGAAUAAAAAAGCAAGGUUGUCUA